CUGCCUGGCAGCGCGUCUGUGCGAUGUGGUGUAAGAGGGUAAUCUGCCCACGGAAACACGGGCUUUCGGGCACCGUCAGUUAAGUUCUGCAGCGUAUAAACGCGCGCUCUCGAAGAGUUGAUGCUGAGCAAAAAUAAACACUAACUCAGUCGUCACACUGAAAUGUCUUAAUUUAGCUUAGGAAGACCUUGGGUAAAACAUCGGAGGUAGUAGGCACAGUGGUAUUUCUUACAUAGGUAGGUAUGCGCUCAUUCAGUGGGUGUCAGCUGCUUUGACACACAAAUGACAGUCAUAUGUUGACCCGUUGUUCUGGUGCUGUACAGUACUGGCAGUGCACACAUCCACAGAAUAUUUGACAAAGAACCAUUCAGCGUGUUUUAGCACAUCCAGCAAAUAAUAACUGAAAUAUUUACAGACAUUAAUAAACUAACCUUCAGCAUAGUUAAGUGCUGCAAUUAAGUCUAAAUUGUAUUUUACAGAUUUUACUCAGUGCCUUCAAUUGUGUCCAUAAAUACAGGAUUUGGAUGCUGCUCCAGACUUCCAGCUGUUCGGUGACUUUGAAUUUGAACCUAGCGGUAGCUUAAACAAAUGGGCCUGUCCCGGGGUGUGGGAUGCAGCUACUAUCAACUUUAUCUACAGAAGCUAGCAUAGUCAUCUUGCAAAGCAGAAGACAGCUUGGAUGCUUUAUUUGUUACUUUGAUGGCAGUGUGGUUGCCUACUUGUAAUUGAAUAACGUCACUCAGAUUAGACUAAGAUUAGAUAACCUGACACAAGUCUGCAGUACAGUUAGGUGUAGGUGGGUGAAGCGACUUGCCAGAGGUCAUUCAAGAGGCAGAGCUGGCUGGUUACACAACUCUUGAUGCCCAUUGCUUUUUCUGCUGUAUGAAAAGGAGCUUGCAUUGUAGGUGAUGAUGAUGGAGGAAGGCUCUUUACCCCUGAGGAAUAUGAAGAGUACAAAAAAAAGGUAUUACCAAUUCGGUUACAGAACAGGUUGUAUGUAAGCUGGAGAUCACCAACUGGCAUGGACUGUAAGCUUGUGGGACCAGAAACGCUGUGCUUUUGUACUCACCGGUAUAAACAACACAAAACAGACUAUGAAGUGAUUCCCGAAGACCGUCCUAUUUGUGUGCCUUGCAGAGUGAGCCGUUGUCCGUGCCGGUCCUAUCACUAUGUCCCUCUAAAUGGCACGCAGCCCAUCCGUUGUAGAUGCAAACACUUUGCUGAUCAGCACACCGCAUCACCCGGAUUUUCAUGUAACUCUUGUUCCAAGUGUUCAGGCUUUCAUAGCUGCUUUACCUGUGCAUGUGGUCAGCCAACAUACGCUCAUGAAACAGUUGUGGAAACGAAACAAGAACGCUUAGACCAAGGAAAGCCUGUGGGGCAGGAUGUUCCUUAUGCUGCUAUGGGAGGACUGACUGGUUUUAGUUCCCUAGCAGAAGGCUACAUGAGGCUCGAUGACAGUGGAAUAGGGGCUCCUUCUGCUGAGCUUUUAGAAUCCCCUGUUACCAGCAUGGAUCAUCCAUUUCUAAAAGCAUUUCAGGGACCUUCCAGUUCUGCUCAAACCAUCUCACAGAUAGCAGGUGGUUCCAGUGUCCCAAGGCAAGUUUCUCAUGGAAAGCAUUCAGAAGAUGAUGACAUGGCUUACUUUGAAAAACGUUAUCAAGAACGGCUGAAAAAGGAGAAGACUACUAAACAGAAAGAGAAAAGUCCAGGGCCGUCAAAGAAGCCAUGGGAUUAAUAAAGAAAUAUUUAUUAUAUUGUUGUCCGAAAAGCGGAUUUGUUGCCCAGUGUGCAAUAAGCCAAUUCUAACACACACAGGAGAGACAGUGCUUUUAUUCAGGCCUGGGUGCUUGGUGGUUUUCCACAAAUGAAGCACACCUAGUGCUGGCUUUUUUGUCAUAUUUAUACAUAAAUGUUAUAAGGUAGUACACUCCCAGUUGUGGUGAUUGGUUUAAAUUUCUUCAUCCAGUAUGCAAACUAGAACACAUGCUCAGUUCUUGUCUCUGCCUUUAUCUUUUGAGUAGGUGGUAUAAUUUGGGUAGGGGGCUCACGGGUUGGUGGUCACAAACCCCCCUGCUGGAAUUACCUUUCCCCUACUUUCCCGGUACUUUUGGCAAUUCCAAAUGGUUCUUCAGGCUCUGCUGGUAAACUAACAAUUUAUCAGUUAUGCUUCUACCUCUUGACAAUCGCUUCUUCAUUAGUGCGUUGUUUGGCUAAACGUUAACACAGGUGUAGGACUAUACAAUAGUUGUCUGUAGCAGUACCUAGCACCUAUCUGUAAUAUCCUUAUCUAUGAAAACUACCUGUAACAUCCUCAACUAUGGAAAACCGGAGAGUCAUGAUUAAAUUUGAUGAAAGAUAUCAAUAUGGCACAGUGUUAAUUGUUGUAUUGAAGCAUAUUUUUUGCUGCGCCUACCUGCAUGCUUGUAUUUCUUCUUUAUUCUGCUGUUUUGUUCUGUUGCUGAAAUUAAAUUUUAAUUAUCUUGCUGUAAUAAAAUUGGUACUUUAAUCAAUGCAUUUCUAAUCUCCAGAAUUGUUACAUAGAUAUUCCUUUGAAAAUGGAAAAUCAUAUUUAGAGAUUUACAAGACUGUUAUUUAAGAUCUGAGAGAAUAAGCAUGUAUUUAAGUAUUACAUUGUAGUAGGGCAAAGAAAAUAUAUGUCCUAUUCUUAGACUUUUAUGACGCACUUACUUUAUUUGUAGAGUCCUUAGAACUUAUCUUGUUCAUGGAUUUUUACUUGGUGGGAUUUGUUCUGUUCAAUAUUGACAUUUUAAUCUUUAUUUUUUUUCUUUCUGUUGGUUUCAUCACCUUUACAUAAAAUUCAAACAUACCCUUCUCUCACGCUUCUCUAGGCUUGUUCUUGCCAACAUAUAAAUAUUUUUUUACAUGUGAAGUUCCGUAUGCAUGUACACACAUUUCCACACAUACUUACUAGCUACUUGAAUGGACCCUUUACUUUAGCCCAGAUUCCUCUAGCGGUACCGUUCUCCUAAUUCUGUUUGUCUGAUACUGUCCAUAGCAAUAAUUUUAUUACACUAAACUUCUGAAAACAUUAAGUGGAAAAGGAUAUGCUAUUUAUAGCAUGUAAACAAAUAAUUAGAUAGUGUUUGUUAGAAAUUUGCUUAUCCAACAGAUAUUCUUUCCUCAUGUCUAAUUCAACACAGACUGAAUCCCUCAAGAGGGGUGAUGUGCUUUUCUAUUCUUUGUGUUCACAGCUGUGGCAGCAUAUGUUGCGUUAAAGAUAGGGGACAGGAAAAUUUAAAAUUUGGUAACUUUGUGUGGUGGUUUAAAUCUGCAAAGCAGCACAGCAAGAACUCGGUACAGAAUAACUGGCAGAGGCUGCAGUUUAGGAGGAAAAAGCAGAACCUGAGCUAACUUUGUUCCUCUCCUUUGAAAACAGAGUGUAAGUCAGUUUGUCCUUAAAAAUACUUUAAGAUGUCUCUUGGACUGAAGGCUUUCCAGGUGGUACGUGUGUACUGAGACUGUACAGCAGGAGCUGGGAGAAGCUUACAAGGUCUGUUUCCCAUCAGAGAGAAUGCCUGGGUGUGCCUGAUGGGCAGGGGAAAAGAGGUGAGGUUGAACGCGUUUGGUGCAGGGCGACUUGCUUUUUUGUUCAGAUGCCAGCUGUGGGGGGGAAGGAGAGUUCUUGGGAGCGCAUGCAGGUCGUGCAGUGACUGGUGGGGGCGGCUGGAAUCUGAGUGAGAAGGGAAUGGAAGGCUGAAUUGCCCAAAUUCAGACAUUACAAAAGGCCAUUUACCUUAACUCCAAGCGAUAGUGCCAUUACUACAGAUGCCAAUCAGAGACAUUAAUCUGUAACUUUAAUUUAAAGGCAAUAUAUAUCAAAGUGUCUAAUGAAUGUUUUACAAGUACCUUUACAUUCUACACUGUAACGUACUGCUUUAACUUAAUAAAUAAAAAUUUAU